CAACCCACGCCGACCUUUGACCAGGCCGAUCAUCCAACCUGCAAAAUCUUUUCAACAUGGGGAGAUUCGCUACCCUUUCGACGGUCUGCCUCGCUGCAACUACCACCAUCUCUGCUUCUCCUUUACCGUCUCUGAAGCAGAGGCAAGAUGAUUGUUCUGCCGUGCAUAUCUUCAUAGCCAAGGGCUGGAACGAGACAUACCCAGGUCGACAGGGCAAAUUGACCGGCGCGAUAUGCUAUGGACUCGACAGUUGCAGCUAUGAAGAUGUUCUCUUCAGCAAUACCCCGGAAGACGAUUACUGUGGCUCGGUGACUGAAGGCGCAAUCAACGGCGUGGCUCAGGUCACUGCCUACGCUGAACGCUGUCCGCAAUCCCAACUGGUUGUUUCUGGUUAUUCACAAGGCGCCAAUGUUGCAGGCGACAUUCUCGGUGGUGGAGGUGGUCCAUUUGGCACACCUCCACUGAAUUGCAGCGUUGGAUAUACAGAUGGUCUCGACCCAACCACAAGCCCCGGAAAUCAGAUUGGCGCCGUGCUUCUCUUUGGCGACAAUCGUCAUGUUGCUAACCAGUCGUACAAUGUGCUGUCUGGAGCCAGUGCCGCCGCCGAGAAUCCACGACCCGAACCACAGCUCGAACGCCUCAAUGCUUUUGCUAGUGUCAUGCGGUCAUAUUGUGACAUUGCUGAUCCCGUUUGCGCCGCCGUAGGAGGCAGCGACCCUGAUGUCGAAACUCACCUGAAUUACUUUGACCUGUACAGCGAUGAUGCUGCGGGAUGGGUCAAGUGGAUUUUGGAGAACCCUCCCUCUACAGAGUAGAUAGACACUGAGACCGAAAUACCGGGAUGGAGUUCAAGAUCUAGUAAUCUGCGAAAGCCACCUGUUGUCACAUUCCUACAUGGCUUCUGUGAAGGAGUUCGACUGGUGCAUAAUUCUAGCUAAUUGACCUGGAACAUAAAAUAGUUUUGGCGUGCCAUGGGUCGAAAUGAACGUGAAAAUACGCUGGCUAGGAUCACAAGGUGAGAUACAUGUCACGUGAUUUAUCUCCGCCCUUGGCAUGCAAGCACUUUGAGU